CGCUUAGACAGUCUCGCGCACAAACAAUCGUAACGCGAUCGUGAUUAGACGCCUCAGACAGUUUUAUUAAAUUUGUUUAGUUUUAAAACCGUUAAUUUUCUAAAAAGCAUCGCCAUCAGGUCAACAUGAAGAGUGUAGCGGUGUUUCUGUGCCUGGUGGCCGCCGCCAGCGCCGUGUCCUUCUUUGACCUCGUCCGUGAGGAGUGGAACGCCUUUAAGCUGGAGCACAGCAAGCAGUACGACAGCGAGGUGGAGGACAAGUUCCGCAUGAAGAUCUACGCGGAGAACAAGCACCGCAUCGCCAAGCACAACCAGCGCUUCGAGCAGGGGCUGGUCUCCUACAAGCUCAAGACCAACAAGUACGCCGACAUGCUGCACCACGAGUUCAUACACACCAUGAACGGCUUCAACAAGACUGCUAAGCACAGCAAGGGCCUGUUCGGCAAGGCGCGCGAGAGCCGCGGGGCCACGUUCCUGUCGCCGGCGCACGUGUCCUACCCCGACCAGGUGGACUGGCGCAAGAAGGGCGCCGUCACCGACGUCAAGGACCAGGGCAAGUGCGGCUCCUGCUGGGCGUUCAGCACCACGGGCGCGCUAGAGGGCCAGCACUUCCGCAAGACACACUACCUGGUGUCUCUGUCGGAGCAGAACCUGGUGGACUGCUCGGCGGCGUACGGCAACAACGGCUGCAACGGCGGCCUCAUGGAUAACGCCUUUAAGUACAUCAAGGACAACGGCGGCAUCGACACCGAGAAGACCUACCCCUACGAGGGCAUCGACGAUAAGUGCAGAUACAACCCUAAGAACUCUGGCGCCGACGACGUGGGCUUUGUGGACGUUCCUCAAGGUGACGAGGAGAAGCUGAUGCAGGCGGUUGCCACGGUGGGCCCCAUCGCCAUCGCCAUCGACGCCUCGCAGGAGAGCUUCCAGUUCUACUCCGACGGCGUCUACUACGACGAGAACUGCUCCUCCACAGAGCUCGACCAUGGGGUGCUGGUGGUGGGCUACGGCACGGACGAGAAGGGCGGCGACUACUGGCUCGUGAAGAACUCGUGGGGCCGCACGUGGGGAGACCUCGGCUACAUCAAGAUGGCGCGCAACAAGGACAACCACUGCGGCAUCGCGUCCAGCGCCUCCUACCCGCUCGUCUAGAGCCCGCCGGCCGCCGGCGGCUUCCUAACGCAACAGAACAUUCAAAGUGUUGCCUCGCUCUGUGUACAAGCUUAAGAUUCUAGUUUUUAAUCAGUUGCAAUUCCGAGUUUAGUUUGUAUCUAAUAACAAAUGAGCAACAACAACUUUAAUAUGUCAAGAACAUAACAUAGGUCGCGUGAGAACUGCUUGUACGUGUAUCAGCAGAGCGUGCAGGCGCCGCUCACACCAAGUAUCAUCGUAGAAUUAAGUGUUAGCGUAAGAGUAAAGUUUAUGAACAUAAUAGUUAAUAAGUAAUCCGCGCGACGACCACGUCCGUGUAAAAGCAAAACUUGUGAUAUUGUAGUUACUCGCGUGAGUCUAUCGUUGUUGAGGUCAAAUAAACAUAUUUUGUAAUAAA